CCGCCGACGCACUGCCUGAGGGGGUGCGCCGGCAGCUUCCGGUGUGAGUGACUAGUGGUGCCGAAUUAGGGGGACAUCAACGGACGCUCAGGUAGGGACCAUGGCGGACGGCGACUUGGAGCGGGCAGAUGGGCGCAUCGUCAAGAUGGAGGUGGACUACAGCGCCACGGUGGAUCAGCGAUUGCCGGAGUGCGAGAAGCUGGCCAAGGAAGGAAGACUUCAAGAAGUCAUUGAAACCCUUCUCUCUUUGGAAAAACAGACCCGAACUGCUUCUGAUAUGGUGUCUACAUCCCGUAUCUUAGUUGCAGUAGUGAAGAUGUGCUAUGAGGCUAAAGAAUGGGAUUUACUUAAUGAAAAUAUUAUGCUUUUGUCAAAAAGACGGAGUCAGUUAAAACAAGCUGUUGCAAAAAUGGUUCAACAGUGCUGUACUUACGUUGAGGAAAUCACAGACCUUCCAAUCAAACUUCGAUUAAUUGAUACUCUACGAAUGGUUACAGAAGGAAAGAUUUAUGUUGAAAUUGAGCGUGCUCGGCUGACUAAAACAUUAGCAACUAUAAAAGAGCAAAACGGUGACGUCAAAGAGGCAGCUUCCAUUUUACAAGAGUUACAGGUAGAAACGUAUGGGUCAAUGGAAAAGAAAGAGCGAGUGGAGUUUAUUUUGGAGCAAAUGCGGCUCUGCCUAGCUGUGAAGGAUUACAUUCGUACACAAAUCAUCAGCAAGAAAAUUAACACCAAAUUUUUCCAGGAAGAAAAUACAGAGAAAUUAAAGUUGAAAUACUAUAACUUAAUGAUUCAGCUGGAUCAACAUGAAGGAUCUUAUUUGUCUAUUUGUAAGCACUACAGAGCAAUCUAUGAUACUCCCUGUAUACAGGCAGAAAGUGAAAAGUGGCAACAGGCCCUGAAAAGUGUUGUCCUUUAUGUUAUCUUGGCUCCUUUUGACAAUGAACAGUCAGAUUUGGUUCACCGAAUAAGUGGUGACAAGAAGUUAGAAGAAAUUCCUAAAUACAAGGAUCUUUUAAAGCUUUUUACCACAAUGGAGUUGAUGCGUUGGUCCACACUUGUUGAAGACUAUGGAAUGGAAUUAAGAAAAGGUUCUCUGGAGAGUCCUGCAACUGAUGUUUUUGGUUAUACAGAGGAAGGUGAAAAAAGGUGGAAAGACUUGAAAAACAGAGUUGUUGAACAUAAUAUUAGAAUAAUGGCCAAGUAUUACACGAGGAUAACGAUGAAGAGGAUGGCACAACUUCUGGAUCUGUCUGUUGAUUUUGUCUCUCUCUUGCAGGAGUCAGAGGCUUUUCUCUCGAAUCUAGUAGUUAACAAGACCAUCUUUGCUAAAGUAGACAGGUUGGCAGGAAUUAUCAACUUCCAGAGACCCAAGGAUCCAAAUAAUUUAUUAAAUGACUGGUCUCAGAAACUGAACUCAUUGAUGUCUCUAGUUAACAAAACCACACACCUCAUAGCCAAAGAGGAGAUGAUACAUAAUCUACAAUAAGCGUCUCCAUGCCCUUAGUGCUUCUAGAAAAGAGUUAAAAUUGGAAGUCAUUAAAAAAGAAAAAGACUUUUAUGGGGUAUAUGUUGGGUUUUUUUUUUUUUUUCUAUUCUCAGCUCUUUUGUCUAAAAUUUAAAAGCUAGUGAACAUGUUUGAGGCCCCUUUUGAUCUUCAGUUCCUCGAUUUCAUUGUUAACUUUGCAUGUGCAAUUGGUGCAAAAAUAUAUAAUACAUUUCUAUUGUCUGAGUACUCAAAAAAUUGUCAUAACUUACCUAAAUACGUUAUUCUAUCAUUUGAAACCUUUUUAGCUACUAUUUGUUUUCAUUCAGCUAACAACCAUAACUAUAAUAAUAAAAGCAGUAUAUGCACGUUUACCUUCCAUGGUUACCUGUGUUUCUAAACAUUUUGUGGGAUAGUGAUUUAAGUGUUUUUUAAAUAAAAUUAAUUUUGUUGUAAAGCUAUUGAUUAUUUAGUAGAAUUUAAAAAGCAGCAUAGAACCUAUAAGAACAUUUGGGAUAAAGUUGUGACUUGUGAAGAAUUUGUAUUUUAGUAUUGUGGUAGAAAGUCUCUAGACUGAGUGUGUACAGAGCUAUCUGGUAGGCUAUAGACUUUUUUUUUUUUUUUUGAGUCAAGCUAGUUUCAGUCACAGUAGCUUAUUGUUACCCCCUUUCCCUGACUUGACCAGGUGUUGAACUAAUUGUGUUGACAGAGGUUAAUACACAAGGUCAUUUUUAUAACUCCUUUGUGGCUCUAACUUCCAUGUGUAAUUACAUCAUUAAUGCUCCAACUUCAUUCUCUCCUAUAGGAACUUUAAUUCCAUUAUAUGCGUGCUAGAUAACAACCUAAAAUGCAUUAAAAAUGACCAAAAAAAAAAGAGACUUCAGGCCACCCUCUUGGCAAAUGGUAUAGUGUUGACACUUUUUUUUAAACAGAAUUAAAGUAGUUUUACUGUUAAAAGAAACAUCUGAGAUCACUUACUAUGAGCAAAUUUUAGAAGUUUUAAAAUUUGAUUUCAGAGAAAAUGGAAACAGGAAACAAUGUUAGGUUAUUUAAAAUAUGUUUAAAUGAAGAAAGUAUAAGAUCUUUUUUUUAAAAUACAAAUAGAGAGGGAAAGGCAUUCUGGAAACAACAGUUUUCACAAUUCAUUUUCCAUUUAAUGAUCACUAAAUCGUCCUAUUUCGUGAUCCCAGGGCUGGGGACAGUUGUAGAACCUCUAUUGUGAAUAAUAACGUAGUAUUAAUCUAAUUUUAUUCUUUGGAAAUUUAAUGUAUUGGUCACAUUAAUAACAAUAUCUGCUAUCACUUAUCUUUAAAAACUAUCGAAAAAUAUGGCAAGGUAAGAAACAUCAGAAGUUUACAUUAGCAGUAAGAAUAUAGUUUUUAAUUUUCUAUUGAAUGAAAAGGAUGGAAAAUAAAAUCAUUUUGCAUUGUUAAUUUGUAAAUUGAGUUGGAACUAAUUUGAAUUCUAGCUUCUCAUUAACUUCAUCUUUCUAGGGACUCAUUCCCCUUGUACUUGCCAAACCUAGACUGUUUGGCCAAAUAUGUUUCUGUAAAGAUCUCAAAUGCUCCUCUUCUUUGUUUUUUAUUUUAACAUGCUCACCCUCAAACUAAGCUUUUUGUGUGUUCUGAUUUGGCGCCAUUUGUAACUGUGUCCCAGUGACCAAAUCCCACUUGACUUGAUUAACUGCUCAUCCAUUGUUUUUUCUGUCCAAGCAAACUUAAGAGUUAUUACCAAUUUCUCGUGUUACAAAGAAGAAUCCAUUAGCUUAAGGCAGUAAAAUAUUUGAGAUGUUCUGAACCUAAAAUCCUGGCUCGCAUUUCUGACCUAAAGCUGGCAUGCAUGAAAAGGUUAGAACCACUUUGUUUUAAUAUGGAGAAGUGAAUACUUGACUCAUUGUUUUCAUUAGGUUACUAACCAGCAGGAGAGGUGAUGAGCCACUGUUUUUUUUGUUUGUUUUUAAUGAAACACCUUUUACCCUUUCAUUUCUGUAUAAUUUAUGUUUUUAUUUUAGAGUUCAAUCAUUAUUUCUGUAAUUAUCAAUUUCCAUAUGCUUUUUGUUGAAUCAUUGAAAAACAUCUCUAAAAUUCAUACUGUUCCAUUCUAUCUCUUAAGUGUUAAAUGUAUGAUAAAAGAACAUAUUUUAAAUUGUUUCCAGCUUCUGGAUAUAGCUGCAAUAAAAGCACUAAUUUGUGGAUAUUUAAGAAAACCUGGAGAAUAAACUCAUACUUUAAAAGA